UUUCAAGCAGUGCAUCGUAAUAAUCUCGGCUCGCGCGGCUCCAUUUUGUUUAUUUUUGACUGCGCGUUCCUUUUAAUACGUCCACGGCUCGGAGAACAAUCCAAUCUUUUCCCCCCCAUGUAUCUCCCAAUGAUGACACCGCGGCGGUAUAUUACCGUCGUGCUUGUCCUGGUUAUUAGCAUUCAUUACAUCUUGUCCAUCGCUUUCGAGGAUUACAAGCGCAUCUCUUCUCUCAGUAACUGGGGCUCAAAACUGCAUGUGUCCGAAGAAACGACUCAAGAAAUCGGUUCGUAUGCUGUGGCGCUCCCAGACAUGCUAUAUCACAAUGCUACGGAACGGGCCAAUGCCACGUUUGUCCUGCUAGCGCGAAACAGCGACGUCAAUGGAGUUGUCUCGAGCAUGCAAUCCGUCGAGGAUCGUUUCAACAAGCAUUAUAAUUAUCCUUGGGUGCUACUCAACGAUGAGCCAUUUACGGAUUCGUUCAAAGAGCGCGUCAGCGUCAUUAGCAAGGCCCCGAUUUCAUUUGGGCUAAUUCCCAAAGAGCACUGGGUUCAGCCUGACUGGAUCGAUGAAGAUAGAGCGCGGUUAGGCCGCCAGAAGAUGAUGGCGCAGCGUAUUAUUUAUGCCGGCAGUGUACCUUAUCGCAACAUGUGUCGUUUUAACUCUGGGUUCUUCUUUCAUCACGAGCUUUUACAGCCAUACCGGUACUAUUGGAGAGUGGAACCAGAUGUCCGAUUCUUUUGUGAUAUAAAUUACGAUCCUUUCGUUUACAUGCGGGAACAUGAUAAAGUAUAUAGCUUCACAAUCUCGCUAACGGAGUGGGCACCCACGAUACCCACACUAUGGAGUACGGUAAAAGAAUUCAUGGCAACUCACCCGGAAUACAUUGAUCCACAUAAUGCCAUGGACUAUCUAUCCAACAAUGGUGGAGACUCAUACAACCUCUGUCACUUCUGGAGCAAUUUUGAAAUUGCAGAUAUGGACUUUUGGAGGUCGGAGGCUUAUCAGGCCUUUUUCGAUUUCCUAGAAUCAAAAGGAGGUUUCUAUUACGAGCGCUGGGGAGAUGCCCCAGUCCACAGCAUUGCUGCUGCCCUCUUCGCUCGAAGAGAUCAGAUUCACUUCUUCCGAGAUAUCGGUUACCGCCAUGAAUCAUUCCAGCAUUGUCCACAGGGUGAUCAAUGGUCAGCAGGAAGAUGUUCAUGCGAUCCUUCAGACAGUUUCGAUUAUUCGCCAAAUUCUUGCGUGAGGAAGUUUGAAAAUUUGUUCUCAUAACACCCAAAUGCUGGCAUUACCACUGUAUCUAAUAAUAUCACGAUAUAAUUACGGGUUGUACGAUAGUACAAACAGAUGGAAUUAUUGGAGUAGCAGGCAUGGAAACUGUUUGUACUGCAAAUCUCGACGCGAAGUCAUUGACUGCGCCGCGUGUGUGUCAG